AUGGCUCAAGUUCUUCACAGCCUCCAUGAGCAUGAAGUCCUUGUGCUCAUCGUAUGCCCUCUUGUCCUCCUCCUCCUCAUCCUUCGGUUUGCCACGUCUACGACAACGACAAGGAGAGCAGACAAGCUGCUCGACAGACUCCCAUCACCUCCCUACAAGCUCCCUCUCAUCGGCCACCUCCACCUCGUGGGCUCACUGCCCCACAUUUCCCUCCGCGGUCUCGCCGAGAAGCAUGGCCCCGAUGUCAUGCUUCUACGCCUUGGCGCCGUCCCCAGCCUCGUUGUGUCGUCCGCUCGUGCAGCCAUGGCAGUUCUUCGCACGCACGACCAUGCGUUUGCGUCCCGGGUACAGUCCGCCAUGACUGACGUCCUCUUCUAUGGAUCAACUGAUAUGGCCUUCUCCCCGUACGGGGAUCACUGGCGCCAGAUAAGAAAGAUUGUUGCAACACAUCUUCUCAGUUCCAAGAAAGUUGGCUCCUACCGUCUCGCCCGCGAAAAAGAGGUACUACACGCUAUGGCGAGGAUCCGCGAGGCAGCCGCCAGGAGUGCUGCAGUGGACCUUAGUAAGCUGCUUAGCUCGUUCACCACUGAUAUUGUUUGCCAUGCUGUGUCGGGCAAGUCCUUCAGAGGUGGCGGUCGAAACGAGUUAUUCCGCGAGCUGGUAGAGACUAGCUCGAUGCUCAUAGGUGGGUUCAACCUGGAGGAUUACUUCCCCAAGUUGGCAACGCUGGACGUGGUAAGGAGGAUGGUGUGUGCUAGGGCGGAGAGAAUAAAAAAGAAAUGGGAUGACUUGCUUGAUGAGAUCAUCAACGACCAUGCCAAGAACACGAUGUUGGACCAUGAAAUCAAACAAGGCGGAGAGACAGAUUUCAUCGAUGUGUUGCUCUCCAUUCAACAAGAGUACAACCUCACGAGAGAAAACGUCAAGGCCGUGUUGGUGGACAUGUUCAUAGGUGGGACGGACACAUCAUUCAUAGUGCUGGAUUGUGCAAUGGCUGAGCUAAUCCAAAAUCCAGAGGUGUUGACCAAGCUCCAAGCUGAGGUGAGGAGCAUAGCAGAGGGGAAGGAAAUGGUUAAAGAAGAGGAUCUGAGUGGCAUGAUCUACCUUAAGGGUGUUAUCAAAGAGACGCUCCGGCUACACAGUCCUGUGCCGCUCUUCGUGCCCCACCUCUCCACGUCCGACUGCGACAUAGAGGGAUACACCAUACCAUCUGGUACCCGUGUGAUCAUCAAUGGAUGGGCUCUAGCAAGGGACCCUGACUACUGGGAGAGCGCAGAGGAGUUUAUGCCCGAGCGCUUCAUGGAAAAUGUUGGAAGCACCAUGAUUCCUGACUACAUGGGAAACAAUUUUCAUUAUUUGCCUUUUGGGACUGGACGAAGGGUGUGCCCAGGUAUGAACUUUGGAAUGGCCACUGUUGAGAUAAUGUUGGCAAACCUCAUGUUCCACUUCAACUGGGAUCUACCUGCAGGGACAGUAAAAAUCAAUAUGACAGAGUCCUUCGGCGUCACAGUGGGUCGCAAGGAAAAUCUCAUUCUUGUCCCGGCACUUGCGCAAAAACAAGUUUAA